GGCAUACCACCUCCACCUUGCCGCCCUCCAUACCAACUCUCUGUCCCCGAAGCCGAAGAAAUGAAGCGGCAACUCGGUGAACUCCUUGAAAAAGGGUUUUUCAUCCCCCUUCGGAACCAGCUGCCUUUUCGUCAAGAAAGGUGGAACUUCGGAACUCCACAUGUGCACAGACUACCGCGCCUUGAACUGGAUCACGAUCAAGAACAAGUACCCCCUACCUCGGAUUUCCGAGCUCCUUGAUCGUCUCCGUGGAGCCAAGUACUUUACCAAGAUUGACCUUCGCAUUGACUUCCACCAGAUCCAUAUCCGCGAGGAGGACACCCACAAGACCGCUUUCCACUCUCGGUUCGGGCACUUCGAGUUCCUUGUGAUGCUAUUCGGAGUCACCAAUGCCCCCGCUACCUUCCAAUCUACCAUGAACCACAUCUUCCGCAACCUCCUCGAAGUCUGCGUCGUUGUCUACCUUGAUGACAUCCUUGUCUUCAGCCCCACCUUCGAGUCCCACMUUCAGCACCUCCGCCAAGUCCUCUUGAUCCUCCGAGAGCAAAAAUUUUACGCCAAGCCCAACAAAUCCGUCAUGGACCAGAGGUCCGGAGAAGCAGGCGAGGCCUAUCAGGCUCGGAUGCUGGCUUGGAGUAGCGAAACAAAGAAACGGGCAGAUGACGCAGCAGCAGCAGCAAAGAAGAAGGCAGAGGACGCGGAGCAGGCACGUCUGCUGACACUUGAACAACAGCGCCAGCAUGACGAGGCAACAGCGAGGGCUGCUGAUGAAGAAAGAAACCAACGUCGUGAGAAGAUAUUUAGCGGAGAGCAGACUUUGCUCACAAUGGCAGUGACAUGGCGGACCGAGGCCGAGAACGGCAAGUUGGAGGAUUGCGAAAACAAGAUCGCUCUCCUCCUCUCGCAUCUCACAGACCUCCUGGCAACCUGCAUUACACAGCAGGAGGAUAUCCACAGCCUCGACGACUCGCUAGCUCAAGUACAAGGCCGCCUUCAGCAGCUGGAGCAGCGACCAGUCGCCGCCCCCGACGCCAGCUCUUCCAAUACCUGCGAUCGCGUCGAAGCAUUGGAGAUGGACGUCGGCUCCCUCAAGGACGACACACUGUGCUUCCUACGGACCGUCGCAGUAGCCGACGCUUCACCCACGGACUUGUCUUCGGACCCCCGGGUGGUGCGGUUGCUGGACGAGUUUGCCGACAUCUUCAAGACACCUAUCGCUGUGGUGCCGGACCGGCCGAUCUCUCACGAGAUCAUUCUUGAGGCCAGUGUCAUGCCGCCGAAAGGUUGCAUCUAUCGGAUGAGCGAGGAGGAGGUUGACGUCCUCUGCGCACAACUCGACUUGUUGGCCAAGGGCUGGAUCCGCCCUAGCAGCUCCCCAUAUGGAGCACCAAUUCUUUUCGUCCGGAAGAAGAACAAGGAUCUACGAUUGUGUAUCGACUACCGCAAGCUCAAUGCGCAAACCGUCAAGAAUGCGGGGCCUCUCCCUCGCAUCGACGAUCUUCUUGAGCGAUUGGGCGGCGCAAAGUAUUUUUCUAAGUUGGACUUGAAAUCGGGAUAUCAUCAAAUCUCGAUACGGCCGAACGCUAGCUACAAGUCCUUGUUCAAGGCGAGGUACGGGCAUUUUGAGUGGGUGGUCAUGUCUUUUGGCCUCACCAACGCCCCGACGACCUUUCAAGCGACAAUGACCAAUGAGUUCCGUGCAAUGACGCUCCGCCGCGCCAAGUACAAGGCCAACCGCGACAAGUGCGAAUUUGUCCGGCAAGAACUGGAAUACUUGGGCCAUUUUGUCACACCGAAGGGCAUCAGUCUGCUAUCGGACGGAGCCUCGGAACGUCACGGAUGUCCGUUCGUUCCUUGGCCUUGCCGGCUACUACCAGCGUUUUAUCAAAGGAUACUCGAAAAUCGCGGCCCACUUGAACAAGCUUCAAUGCGAGGAUCGGCCGGAGAGGAGGCGCGGGAAUCAUUUUUGGCUCUCAAAGCCGCGUUAUUAUCUGCGGAGGUCUUGCGGAUAUACGACCCGUUGUUGCCUACGCGCGUGACUACGGAUGCGUCAGGCUAUGGCAUUGGUGAAGUCCUCGAGCAACAUGACGGUGUGGAAUGGCACCCGGUCGAGUAUUUCAGCAAGAAAGUGUCUGCCGUGCAUUCCAUUGACGAUGCUCGCAAGAAGGAGCUCCUCGCUUUCGUCCACGCGCUCAAGCGGUGGCGGCACUUCCUCCUUUGUCGAAGCCAAUUUCGAUGGGUAACGGACAAUAAUCUGUUGGUCUUCUAUAAGACCCAAGACACCGUCAACAGCACCAUCGCUCGAUGGAUGGCUUUCAUUGACCAAUUCGACUUAUUUCCAGGUCACAUUCCCGGGAAGUCGAACCGUUUUGCGGAUGCUCUUUCACGGCGUCCGGAUUAUUGUACCGCGGUCUACUCAACCUUCGAGAUCGACGAUGACCUGCGGAACAGCUUCAUCCGCGGCUACCAAGCCAACCCCGAGUUUCACGACAAGUACGCGAAUUGCUCCUCUCCCAAUCCGACGCCUUCUCACUACCGGAUCCAAGAGGGGUACUUGCUUGUCCACACACGGGGGAAGGACCUUCUUUGCGUACCGAGUGAUCCUCACUUGCAUACACGGCUUCUUGGCGAGUUCCACGAUGCUCCCGCCACCGGACACUUUGGAGUCAAUCACACGAUUGGUCGACUUCGCCAACGAUUUUGGUGGCCCGGCCUUCUCGGCGACGUCACGCGCUAUUGCGAGUCAUGCGAGGUUUGCGGACGCUGCAAAUCUCGCAACCAUCGUCCAUACGGCGAGUUACGACCAUUAACGGUCCCAUUGAGGCGAAGGGAAGCGAUUGCCAUGGACAUUACCGACCCGUUCCCCAAGCACAAGACCGGAGUGGAUGAGAUUCUCACGGUGGUCGACCGACUCACCAAGUUUGCCAUGUUUUUGCCUUGUCGCUAUCAUGCCAAGGCACCGGAGUUGGCCAAGGUUCUCUACGCCGGUUGGAUUCGAACCAAGGGUUACCCCAACGAAAUCGUCUGCGACCGCGACACUCGGUUCAUGUUCGAUUUUUGGUUGGCGCUCAUCUCUCAAGCCCAGUUCAGCUCGCCAUUCUCAGACUGAUGGCCAGACGGAGAGGGCGCAUCAGACCGCACAGGUUCUCCUUCGCACUCUCAGCCGC